AUGGAGGACGUCGGCCGGGACGAGCUAAUCCGAGGACAGCAGGAGCUUGCGUUGUUCAACUCGAUGAUGCCAGCGCCGGGAGCCGCAAUUCCCCCUUCGCAGGGAACCGGUCUGCGGAGACAACGAGAUCGCAACGACGAAAGCCCACAUGUCAUCCGCAAGGCCUUCCGACCCAAAGGGAAGGGCCCGUCAUAUCCACAGGACAGACGAACCUCCGCCAGUUUCUUGGAGGACUCAAGCAGCAGCGAUGCUCAGUUGGAAGUAGUGAAGAUGAUGGCCAGGCUCAGCGUACGCCAGGCCGACCAGCUGAGCAUCCUGAAGUUAGACACGACCUAUGUCUUGUUCCUCAAGACGCAAGGAGCAAUGUCGAUUACGAAGGAUCUAUGGGCAAUGGGGAAUCGGUGGCACGAACAGAAAGAACAAACUCCACAGGACAUCACGAUGCCGCUUCGCAACACCUUAUUCUCCUGCCUUCUGCGCUCGCUGGAUCUACGACUCCAGGCACUGCAAGAGAAGGAGGAUGCCCGGGUGCAAGCCAGGAGCUUGCACUUGCUUCAGGACCGGGAGGAUCACGUGUUGGCAUUCAACUAUAUGCAAUGGGACUCGCAGACCAGGCAGUACCUUGUGAAGAAGGACAGGGAGCCUCUUGCCCUGACCGAACUGAGGAGGGACAUUGCCACCAUGCAAGCCAAUCUGGCCCAUCCUCGGGUCGUCAACCGUUUUCACGCCAUGAGGAAGCUUACGGAAGACCUGAGUGGGGACGUCCUGCCGAUGCACUUGGAGAUCGGACUUCGCAGCCAAGUUGCCCAUCAGGUCUUCGACUGCCUGGACAAAUGGUGUCACAGCGGCGCCUUUCACUUGAUCUCAGCCACCCUUCGCCACGAACGCCUAGGCAGAGACGGUCUGGUCUCUUCGUUGGUGAAAGCUGUGGAUCGUCUGCCACUUGAGCAACAUGACGUUGCAGAACUACUUCUGCAUAUGAAGGACGGUGACCUGCUGGCUGCCGGCUGCUUCACUGGCAGCUGGCAAGCCAGACGCAUGGAACAUACUCUUCAAGUGCUUGACGGAGGACACGUCAGUCCCCUCUUCAUCGACGCUCCACUUGGAGCAGUCUCGACCUCAGGAGUGGCUGCCUCUGCAGCCACUGCAUCACCCUCUGCUGCAGAUGCCCGCCGUUGCACCCUGCAGACGCUUGUAGAUGCCUGGGCUUCUCAGGCCCAUCCGCAUGCGCUGUGUGAGCUGCCAGAAGUCUUGAUGCUACAGAUCAAUCGGUUCUGGGACCCUGCUUUCCCGCAGCAUAAGAAUUCACAACCCGUAAGCGCUGGCUGCACUGUCUCCUUGCCCCACUUCCUGCAACCAGACAGUCUUCAGACCUCCCUGGCCAGAUAUCAGGUUCGAGCGAUCUUGUUGCAUCAAGGAGCAUCCAAUGCCUCCGGACACUAUCGUGCUCUGACGCUGUCACCUGAAGGUGUAGCGUGGUUGCACGACGAUGGUGCUUCAGCUGUGAACGUUACAAUCAAACAGAGAGCCGAAUUAGACAAGCAAUCAUAUGUUUUCUUCUGCACGCUGAUAGAGGCCUCUCUCUCUCCGUAG